AUGAGUUGGUCAAGUUUCAAAAAAACAGUUGGUCGUACUGGAACAAAGAUAUCACAAAAAAUUGGUACCAUCGAAAAGACAGUCGAUGAAAAUUUCGAUAUAGAAGAACAGAGAUUUAAAAGUCUUGAAUUAAAAUGUGAAAAACUUCAUAAAGAAGCUAGAGGAUACUUGGAUUCAAUGAGAAGCAAAAUUGCUGAGACCAUUGGUCAUUUUUACGAAGAUUCAACUGAUAAAUCAUUAGUUGGAAAUAAAUAUAAAGAUGCUAUAGUUAAAUUAGAUCAUAAUUGUCGAACGUUCUUGGAUGAACCUUAUCGUCAAACUGUUACCGAGCCUAUUUUACGCUUUUGUACUUAUUUCCCGGGUAUUAACGAGACAAUCAAAAGACGAGAUAAUAAACUUUUAGAUUACGAUAGGCAACGCGCGAAAGUUCGUAAAUUGGUGGAUAAACCAUCGGAUGAUCCGAAUAAAUUACCAAGAGCUGAACAAGCAGCCAACGAAGCAAAUGAAUUGUAUGAAUCACUCAAUAGUCAGCUUUGCAAAGAAUUACCUAAUUUAAUUGAUCUUAGAGUUCCUUAUCUAGACCCCACAUUUGAGGCUUUUGUUAAAAUUCAAUUGAAAUUCUGUCAAGAAAGUUAUGAUAAUUUGAAUAGUUUACAAGAAGAUUUUCCUCCUAACAAUGAGAGACAAGUUGAAACCAAAGUUGAAGCUGUUUUACAACAAAUGCGUGAUUUAGCUAUUUGUGGAAUGGGUUAA